AUGAUCAACUUGAAACCAGCAACAGAAAAUGUUGAGAGCUUGAGAUCAUUGAUGGAUUGUGUAUACAAACAUCUACGGAGUUUAGAAGUUCUUGAUCAGAACACUAAUCAAGAUGUGUUUGUUUCUGUAAUAAAAUCAAAGCUUCCAAGCAAUGUGAUACGUCAUCUCGAAAUUCAGAAGGGAAAAGAGAAAAAAUGGACUGUCCAUAAACUUUGUGAGUUGCUUCAGGAAUAUGUUGAAGCGUGUGAAAAGGCAGAAAAAUCCAAAAAGGAUAUUGUUAAGCCAGCUUUUAACAGAGUGAAAAGAGCAGAUGCGAAUAAUAGUUACAGGUCUUAUAGUAUGGAUCGUUAUAAGAAUUCGGCAGAAGCUCUUGCAGUGAACGACAGGGCUAGUUCGGAGCAAAUGAAUAAAAGGAGCAAAAGAAUAUGCAGAUACUGUUCGAAGAGCCACUGGAGUGACGAAUGUCCAAAAUAUAAGACCAUAGAUGAAAGAAAAGAAUAUCUUAAAGGCAGCUGCUACAAGUGUUUGAAAGAAGGACAUUUAUCAAGUGACUGUAAAAGCAAAAAUACUUGUGUUUAUUGCAGUAAAACCAACGUACAUCACAGAAGUUUAUGCCCAGAGAAGUUUCAAAAAAUAACAAUUCGGGAAAGUGUGCAUAUAUCAGACGAAAUUGAAGACAGCUCUUCAAGAAAUACCUCAACGGGCGAAAACGCCCUUCUGUCAUCCAGGGAGAUUAUGUUGAUGCAAACGGCAAAUACAUAUGUACAGAAUCCUACUGGUCAAAGUGAGCAACAAGUACGUGCUCUUCUAGACUCUGGGUCUCAGAGGACUUACAUUACUGAACGUUUAGCAAAUUCGCUUAAUCUCAAAACAGAAGGAGAACAAGAAAUAAGACUAGUCACAUUUGGCAGUGAAAAGUCCCAAUUAAUUAAAACUGUAUCAACAAAGUUGAAGAUAAAACUCAAAGAUGGAAAUGACUUGAUAAUCACAGCAAAUAUUGUUCCAACCAUCACUGGAAGCAUACAGAGAAAACCAGUCAACAUUUCUGACAAGAAUAGUUUCAAAGAUCUCGUGAAAAGUCUUACUCUCGCUGAUACAUUGCCAACAGAAACAAAGAAUGGCUCAGUUGAACUCUUGAUAGGAAAUGAUUACUAUCUGGAUAUAGUUUUAGGCCAUAAGAUUGAAGUUCAAAAAGGACUAUAUCUUCUUUCUUCAAAACUAGGUUGGAUUCUAACAGGAAGAUCAAGUGAAGUCGAUGAGAAUGUGAAUGAUGUGAAUAUGCUUAUACUGACAUAUGGAAGCAACAUUUCUACAACCAAAGUGUUUACCAGCAUAGAUGAAUCAAUUCCAAGAAAACCAGAUCUUCAAGACUUUUGGAAUAUCGAGUCGAUAGGUAUCAAAGAAUGUGUUCAAACCACAGAUGAUGAACAAGCGAUGCAGAAUUUCAAAGACACUCUGAUAUUCAAAGAUGAAAGAUACUUUGUGACCUGGCCCUGGAAAAAUGUAGAUCUAAAAGUUCCGGAAAAUCGGCCACUUGCCGUCGGUCGACUGAAAUCUUUGAUCUCUAGGCUGAAAGAUAAACCAGAACUGAUGCAGAAGUAUGAUGCAGUUAUCAAAGAUCAAAUUGAGAAAGGAAUAGUAGAACCAGCGGAAAGAUAUCAGAAUGAUGGCAUGUUACACUACCUACCUCAUCAUGCAGUAAUGAAAACGGAUCAUACGACUACAAAACUGCGAAUAGUUUACGAUGCCUCUGCCAAGACAAAGUAUGAUAUAAGCAGUUUAAAUGAUUGCUUGUACCGUGGACCCGUUCUCCUCAACGAUCUUUGUGGAACUCUUAUUAGAUUCAGAAUGAACAAAAUAGGUAUUGUAUCAGAUAUAGAGAAGGCGUUCCUUCAGAUAGGCUUGCAAGAGAAUCAAAGAGAUGUCACCCGUUUUGUUUGGUUAAAGACUGCAAGAACCCCUCGGUGGAGCAAAACAAUAUUCAAGAGUACCGGUUCUGCAGGGUACCCUUCGGGGUGA